AUGCUGCUGAAUGAACGAUCGUUCGAGGAAAACUACCUACUAUGGGAAAUCUACAAGGAAUUCCGGUAUGUCAGGGGGAACGCCAUCAGGAUCCAGUGGGUGCCAAGUCACAACGGAAUAAAAGGUAACGAGUCAGCAGAUCAGUUAGCAGUCGCCAAAGCACGGGAUAACCAGUCCUUCUUCCGUGGGAUCACAUUAGAAGACGCGUUGAUCCUCAGCAACACCGAAGUCUGGGAGGAUUGGACGCGGAAGUACAAGGAAGCUUCAAAGGAGAAAGGAAAAUGGCACUACAAACUCAUGGAACGCCCACACAGGAAAAUAACGAGCAAAGACCUUAACCUGCAGCCGGAUGAUGUAAAAGUUCUGAACAGAGUAAGAAGUGGACACUGCCUCACUAAGGACAGAAAGGCGGGCUGGGGGUGGGAACUUGAUGACACGUGUGACUGGUGUGAAAUUACUGAAGACAUAAAUCACAUCCUGUUCGAUUGUGCACGCUACAACCAAAAUAGAACCCAAUUUCCGGCUCUGGAAUACAUGAAACCGCUAGAAAACAUCCUGAAGGAAGGUUGUGAAGAAGAAUUGAAGCAAAUCACGAAAUUCCAUAGGUCGCUGAAGGUAGUCCCUUUGUCUUUAUUGGCAACACGAGAAAGCGAUUAA